AUGGCUGCCAUGAGGCCAGGGGUAGCAAGAAGCAGCCCAGUCGUGGAUGCUGCCAACCAGUCUUCAGAAGGAACCCUGCUCAUCCUACUAGGACUAACAACAAAUCCUGGACAGCAGCGGCCUCUCUCUGGUCUAUUUUUGAUCCUGUAUGUGGCAGGCAUCCAGGGUAACAGACUCAUUGUGGCCGCCAUCCGAGCCAGUCCAGCCCUUCAUGCACCCAUGUACUUCCUGCUGGCCCACCUGUCCUUGGCUGACCUCCGCUUUACCUCUGUCACUGUACCCAAGAUGUUGGCCAACCUGAUGGCCCACGACCACACCAUCUCCCUGGUUGGCUGCCUGACCCAAAUGUACUUCUUCUUUGCCCUGGGUGUAACUGGCAGCUGCCUCCUGGCUGCCACGGCCUACGACCGCUACGUGGCCAUCCAGCGCCCCCUCCACUAUGCCACGAGGGUGUCCCGGGCCAUGUGCACAACCCUGGUGGGGACCGCGUGGCUCGUGUCCCAUGUCCACUCUCUCCUGCACACCCUACUUAUGGCCCGCCUGUCCUUCUGUGCCUCCCACCAAGUGCCCCACUUCUUCUGCGACCAGCAGCCUCUCCUAAGGCUCUCGUGCUGCGACACCCGCCACAUCCAGCUGCUCAUCUUCACCGAGGGCGCCGCAGUGGUGGUCACUCCCUUCCUGCUCAUUCUCACCUCCUACGAGGCCAUCACAGCUGCAGUGCUCCAGCUGCCCUCGGCCGCGGGGAGGCUCCGGGCUGCGUCCGCCCGUGGCUCCCACCUGGCGGUGGUGGGCCUCUUCUACGGGACAGUCAUCGCAGUCUACUUCCGGCCCACGUCCCGGUAGGAGGCCAAGAAGGGCUGCGUGGCCACCGUCGUGUGCACUGUCGUCACGCCCAUGCUGAACCCUGUCAUCUACAGCCUCCGGAAUCGCGAUGUGCAGGGGGCACUCAGAGCCCUUUUCACUCGACAGAGGACCUCAGCUGUUGACUCCUGA